UCCUCGUAGGGAUUGGUUUGUACAGAUAAGCCACGCCUACACGGCGUUACCAGGUCAACGACGUAGCCAGCUAGCUUUCGGCUGUCAAAGAAAGAUGGCGUCCGUGUCAGAAUUAUACGAUGUAUCCUGGGAAGAGAUGCGUGACAAACUGAGGAAAUGGAGAGAUGAGAAUUACAGGAACAGCGAGCAGAUUGUGGAUGUUGGCGAAGAGCUGAUCGCUGAGCACUCGUCAAAACUGGGAGAUGACAUUUGGGUAAUCUAUGAGCAGGUGAUGAUAGCCGCGCUGGACUGCAGUCGGGAUGACUUGGCCUGGACCUGCCUGCAGGAGCUGAAGAGGCAGUUUCCAGGCAGCCACAGAGUCAAGCGGCUAACAGGCAUGCGGCUGGAAGCUCUGGAGAAGUACGAAGAGGCCAGCAAGCACUAUGAUGCAAUCCUUCAGGAUGACCCCACCAACACGGCCGCCAGGAAGCGUAAGAUCUCCAUCCUCAAGGCCCAGGGGCGGAGCUCCGAGGCCAUCAGGGAGCUCAACCUGUAUCUGGAGCAGUUUGUGGGCGACCAGGAGGCGUGGCAUGAGCUGUCGGAGCUCUACAUCAACGAACACGACUAUGGGAAAGCUGCCUUCUGUCUGGAGGAGCUGAUGAUGAGCAACCCUCACAACCACCUGUACUGUGAGCAGUACGCUGAGGUGAAGUACACCCAGGGCGGGAUGGAGAACCUGGAGCUGGCCAGGAAAUACUUUGCCCAGGCCCUCAAACUCAACAACAGAAACAUGAGGGCCCUGUUCGGCCUCUACAUGUCGGCCAGCCACAUCGCUGCCAGCCCCAAAGUCAGCGCCAAGGUGAAGAAGGACAACGUCAAGUACGCCGCCUGGGCCGCCAAUCAAAUCAACCGAGCCUAUCAGCUGGCUGGUCGUGGGACCAAGGAGAGCAGAUGUUCAGUGAAAGCUGUGGAGGAGAUGCUGGAAUCCAUGCAGAUCACCAUGUCCUAGACCCCCCCCAGCUCUUCCACCAACACCCUCCUCCCCAACCAUCGCAUGGCGAGACGGCAGCUCUGUUGGACCCCCCCCCCCACCACCUUCCUGUUCAAGAGGAGUUGAGCUUGGGCCACAUAGACCAUCUAAGCAGCUCUGGACUCAUCUUAACCUAGCUGACAGUCAGCAGUGUGUGUGCGUGUGCGUGCGUGUGUAAGAUAGAGAGAGAGAGAGAGAGAGCUGUGAUCAAGUCCAAGUCUUUCUCAGGUGUGGAGCAUGUUGGUGCUCAAAGUCCGAGCCCCUACAUGGAGAUGAUGAUGAUGAUGAUGAUGAAGAGGGCGCAGGGUCUGAGUUGGACUGGGAGGACAAGCUGGGUGUCGAAUGAGAGAGACCAGACUUCCUGCCGUUAAAGAGACCCGGUUAACAGGAUGUUAACAUGUCUGCCUGCCUAUGCUAUGGAGAGAAGGUCAAGUGGCCUGUCUGCCUGCCUGCCUGUCUGUCUGCCUACAUGUCUGUCUGUGUCCUCCAAGGUCUCCCCGUGUCUACAUGAAACACUUUUAUCGGAAUGAAAAUGUCUCUUUUUCUGUCUGUACAUCAAGAUGUCUUAAUAAAGGGUUGACUUGUUGAA